CGUCCACUCACCUCUCUACAGAAAAUCUGAGCGCGUGAGCGUCCGAAAAACUUGCUGUUUCCAGAGCCGGACGCGAAUCUUAGAGAGAGGGAGAGAGAGGGAGAGAGAGCGGAGAGAGGGAGCGGUAGAAGAAGCUCUGCCCGGUCUCCUUCACUGCGGCGCGAGAGGAUCUGCAGGCGCGGAUUCCCGGGAGUCCCUCGCGCUUCACCUGCAGUGUUACUAUUGGACUGCAACCAGAACCAUCCUGGAGUCAGCAAGCCGCUCUGAAUCCUCGUCGCUUUGGGCUUGAGUUCAAGAACUGAGUCGAUUAAUGGAGUUGUGGAGCAGCGUCUCUGUGUAUACUGGGGAAAUGAGCGAGUUCUCACUUCCUGCACCAGAAUAGAAUCCUGAGGAGAUGCCUGAACAGGAGACUGUGGAUCAGUGGUAGACUUUCGCCUGGAGUCUGAGUGGGCGGCUUUGAGAAGGUCACCCAUUAGAGUGUUACAUGCUGCUGGUUGUCAGACAGCAGCAGUGGACGCCAAACUCGGUUGAUUCUGCUGUGUCUAGCUCUGCAGACACCAUGAAAGGAUAACGAGGAGGGCGUGGUCAGGGGGCGGGUGCAGAGCCAGAGGGGCCGGGCUUAGCCUGGAGAGUGAGCGGGUCUUGGAACAAGUCCAGAAGGCACCAUUUCGUUGCCGGUGGGGAGAAGGAGUGCGGUCAGGCGGCUGGCGGCCCUUUGGAUGAUGACCAGCCUGUUCCGCCGCAGUGCCAGCAGCAACGGCAGCCAUGGCAACAGAUCACGAGGUGGAGGCAGCUCUGGCGCCGCGUCCGAGCUCAACAACAGCAAACCGCCGCGACAAGUGCGCCGACUGGAGUUUAACCAAGCCAUGGACGACUUCAAGACCAUGUUCCCCAGCAUGGACCACGAGGUGAUCGAGUGCGUCCUGCGGGCCAACAACGGUGCCGUGGACUCCACCAUCGAUCAGCUGCUGCAGAUGAGCCUGGAUGGACAGGGCACAGACGACAGCUCGGAUUCUGAUGACAGCAUCCCCCCAGAGAUCCUGGAGAGAACGUUAGAGCCGGACAGCUCAGAUGAGGAACCUCCUCCUGUGUACUCGCCACCCUCUUACGACAUGCACAUCUAUGACAGAAAACACCCAGCAGACCUGCCGUCCAUUCCACCACCCAGGUUUGAUGCCCAUCCCCCACCUGGGCAUCGGCAGGUCGGUGGCUACAGGAACUGGAACCCGCCGUUACUAGGCAACCUCCCCGAUGACUUCUUACGGAUUCUGCCCCAGCAGCUGGACAGUCUGCAGCGUUCUCAGAGCAGCCUGUCACAGCCUUCUUCCUCUUCAUCCUCGCUAUCCUCCCUGACGCAGUACUCAGCGGCGUCGGGCAGUGGGGCGGCCCCCAGUGGGUCCGGUUGGGCGUCGGAGCAGGACAGGAAACUGAAGCAGUACCUGGAGGACGAGCGUAUUGCUCUGUUUCUACAGAAUGAGGAGUUCAUGAGGGAGCUGCAGCGCAACCGGGACUUCCUCAUCGCCCUGGAGAGAGAUCGUCAGAGGUAUGAGUCCCUGAAAUCCCAGGGCUAUCAUUCAUCCGCUUGCAUGGAGAGAUACGCAGAAGGAGAUCAUUGUGCCUCAGGGUCUGAGGAGGCCUGUACCUCUGUCUCAGAUGAUGCCUUGUUCCGUGACAAACUCAAGCACAUGGGCAAAUCUACAAGAAAGAAGCUUUUCGAAAUUGCCAGAUCUUUCUCUGAAAAAACCCGACGGAAAAAGUCCAAAAAGAGGGCUCUGCUCAAGCAUCAUUCACUAGGAACUGCAGCCUCCACUGCCAAUCUUCUGGAGGAUGUAGAGGGACUCCCAGCAGAGGAUGACGGUCAGCUCAGGAGACCAGGCGCUCAGGAAAAGGACCAACUGAACAAGGAAGUGGUGUCAUGAUUAGUGUUUUUUUUCCUGCACUUCUGCUGUUGUCUGUGAUGGUGGGACAGUCUCGGUCCUCCCCCUCAUCAUCUGGAUCGGCCGACAGCGAGUCUGCGUGGGCCUCGGAGGCGAGCGCGACAAAAAAGUGUGCCGUCGGCUGGAGAGACUGCUCUCACCUUAGCAAGCCGGAAAGCCGAAAAACUCAUCAGCUUAGGACUUUUCUGUUUGCACUUUGUGAUAAAUAAGUUCACCCAGAUCCCAAAUUCAUUGCAUACAUACAGACUUUGCUGUCGUCAUGAUUCAGACGGCUCGGCGGUGAUUCAUUUAGUCUAGCGCUCGUGUGCGGCCAGAUUCAGGUUCAUUAUCAAGCCGAGGUGCAGCGGGGUGAGGUCAUUUCAGGUGGGGCUAACGCACUGGUCAGUGUCUUUGUGCUGAGACUCAGGACCUACAAGCACAAACUCCUCCACGUUCACCACAGCGAGCGCUUUCGCCUCAGUGGUUCUGCGUCUAAACUCAGGAGCAUUCAGAUGACCAGUGGCUUCAUACUCAACAUCCAGUUCUUUUAACAUAUGUGUAUAUAUAUAUCGAUGCUGCCCUUUCUCUUCUCAGUAUCUUCACCACUGCUGGUUUUGGUGAGGCUUGUACAGUUCUCAGUGUCCUCCUUAUGACUCAGCAGUAUAAACGUGUUUUUGCGGUCUGUAAUGUCGAUUGCAAGACUGAGUGAGCUGAAAGGGGUCCCUCCGGUCCUCGCAGAGUUAAUGAUUGUUAUUCAGUCGUCAUCGUCAUUCCGUCACACUUACUAUUGCCUCUUCGUACAGAUCAUCUACUUUGAUCCAUACUGCUCUUUCUUACUUAAAUUAUAUUGAGUUAAAUGAAAACCAAUUCAAUUAAACGAUCUUUUGAAAAGCGA